AACAAGAUCAAUAAGACCCACCAAUUAACACCAAUUGUACUUGUAACUCAUCUUUUCAAAUCCUACCAACAUGUCUAGUGCCCAACAAAACUUCAAUGCAGGCCAAACUCAGGCCAACGCAGAAAAUAUGAUGCAAUCUGCAAAGGAUUCAGCCGCGGCAGCAGCAGACAAGGCUCAUGCAGCUGCUAACACGACAGGACAAACAGCUCAACAAAACAAGGAUGAAGCUGCUGGUUUUCUCCAACAGACUGGGGAGCAAGUGAAGAACAUGGCUCAAGGUGCUGUGGAGAGUGUGAAGCACACACUUGGAAUGGACAAGAAAAACUAG